AUGAACGAUCGAGAAUUGAGAAGAAGAGGAAGAAUGCCUUUCUUCAAUCUGCAGCAAGGCAAAGGACUCUUCACUUCCGAUCAAGUUCUCUACACCGAUCGUCGCUCUAAGUCCACCGUUGACUCUUGGGCCAAGAACUCAGCUGCUUUCAACGCCUCCUUUGUUAAAGCUAUGACCAAGCUUGGCCGUGUUGGCCUUAAAACUGGACACAACGCUAACAUCUGUCGUGACUGUGGAGCGUUUAACUAA